UGUGUGUGUGUGUGUGUGUGAUGGCUACCACAUUUACUAAACUAGCCGUAGCUUGAUUACGUCUCCUCGUUCGCUAACUAGCUUGUGGCCAUCUACCACACAUUAAUAUGAUGUUGGCUACUUGCUGCAUUUAGCUGUCAAGCUAGAACGCAACAACUAGGUACAGUUAGCUGUCAAGCUAGAACGCAACAACUAGGUACAGUUCGCUGUCAAGCUAGAUGCGCACAUUUGCCUUGGCCUGAGUCAUGUCACAGAGGCAUGCAUUUAGAGUACUGAUAGCCUCAACUUGCAUUACCAAUCAUCUCAGAGCAUGCGUUCUCCUUUGGCAUGAUAGUCAAUUGAAGCAAUGCAUUUGUCAAAAGUAAGAAACGAAUUAAAAGUUUGGCGUAAGGUAGAACAUGAAGUAAAUUUUAGGGGCAAUGUUCAGUACUUGAUAAAGAAGUCAUAAGUGUAUGCUGGAAUGAGUUGGAUAGUCUUUUGUUAUAGAGAUGGUCAAAUGUAACAAUUGACGUGUUGCAUUUUAUGAGGUGUUUGUUUGUAGUGUGUACCCUUUUGCUUUUUAGUGAUUUGCAUGUCUUUCUCAAACCUACCCUUUUUAGAUGGUGCUUUGCUCUGUUUUAGAUUGAAUUGAUCCUGUGCUUGGUGUUGGGUUGUUAAACUGUUUAAGGAUGCAGGGCCUUUUACAAAUGCUGUCUAUGAGCUUGAUGAGUUGGCUGAUGACCGCAUGGCCCUGGUCUCUGGGAUACGUUUGGACCCAGAAGCUGCCAUCGGAGUCACCAAGAGACUGCCGCCCAAGUGGGUAGAUGGGGUCGAUGAGAUUCAGUAUGAAAUCACACGGGUCCGGCAGAAAAUGAAGGAGCUGGCCGCCCUCCAUGAUAAGCACACAAACCGUCCCACCCUGGAUGACAGCAGUGAAGAAGAGCAUGCCAUAGAGAUCACUACUCAGGAGAUCACACAGAUGUUUCACCGGUGUCAGCGUGCGGUGAGAGGUCUGCAGUCUCGCUGUGGCCACUGCACAGAGCAGGAGGAGAGGCUUCUGAGAAACGUGGUGUCCUCGUUGGCAGGGAGCCUGCAGGAGCUGUCCACCAACUUCAGACACACACAGUCCAGUUACCUGAAACGCAUGAAGAAUCGCGAGGAGAGAUCAAAGCACUUUUUUGACUCCGGUCCUCUAAUGGAGGAGGAUGAAGACAUAGCACUAUAUGACAGGGGGUUUACAGGUGACCAGCUGGUCCUGGUAGAGCAGAACACAGUGAUGGUGGAGGAACGUGAGAGAGAGGUCAGACAGAUUGUCCAGUCCAUCUCUGACCUGAAUGAGAUUUUCCGAGACCUGGCUGGAUUGGUGGUGGAACAGGGCACAGUACUUGACAGAAUUGACUUCAAUGUGGAGCAAUCGUGUGUCAAAACAGAAGAGGGGUUGAAACAGUUACAAAAGGCUGAACAGUAUCAGAAGAAAAACCGAAAGAUGCUGGUCAUUUUAAUCCUUACUGUUAUAGUUGUCGUUCUAAUACUUAUUCUAUUUGGGACCAAGUUCUAGUGAUGCAUUCCUUUGCUUUUGGUAUGUUGUGUGUGCUUGUAUGAGGGUCUUAUCUGUACUUCAAAUGAUGUUGAUUACCUGUCCAACUUUUCAAUCAACAUCUGAAGAAUCAUUCUUCAUCAAUCAUUGUAUGACUCAUGAAGAUGUUGAAUGCAUGAUUCCUAAGAGAAGACAGCCAGGGAGAGUUCCUAUUUAACUUUGGAACAUGCCUGCACACACCCACUGUCUGCUCCAAUACCCUCUUGAACAUGACCAUAUCCAUGUGUCAUGGUACUGCUACAAAGAAACACAGAAAAAACAUAUUCAAUUCCCUUGUGGUCGACUACUGAUUAAUUGUCAUGGCCAUAUAAUUUGCUUGGUUUUGGAGAAAGUAAGUGGUUUUCUUGUGAGAAUUAGCAUCAUCUGUCCAGUUUUAGUGUAAGCUAUAGUUGUAAGCUCUGCUCUUCCAUGUAUGUUAUUCCAAGAGAAGAAUUCCUACAAUUAAGCUACUGCACAGAUGAAUACUGAAUGUCUAUGAACGAGGAACAUUUUGUCUCGUGGUAUUGCUUUUACGGACCCUGGUCAUUGCAUACACUUCAUUUGUUGAGCAUUUGUUUCGUUUUCUGCUUUUUCAUGUUUCUUUUUUUCAACGAGGGAGAAAUUACAAUGGUUUUUGUGACUCAGUGGCUGAAACUGAUUGAAUACCAAUAGUUCCGUUCGGAUUUAGACCAUCCUAAAUGAAUGUCUCUGUACCAACAGCAGUGUCGUUCAUGAUGGUGCACAUUUAGAUCACAUGACUGCUUUCUCUUGUUUUACGACCCUUUCUAUUGUUCGGUAUCACUGAUACAUCAGUUGAGUUUAUUUGGUCUUUUAUACCUCUCACAGUUUGCACAUCGAAAGACUGAUGAUUGGUUUCAUGUCUGUCAAACUACUGUCUGCUGUAUAUUAUGAAAUUAUUUAUUUUUUAAUUUAAAUUCUAUAAAAGGUCAAAGGAUUUUGUCUAAUAUGGCAAAGAUGUAUUGAAUAGCCUAAAUUGUGUCUGUGGUGGCCUGUGUUGGAAUGAACGAUGUGUUGCAAGCUUUUGCACUCAGAAAUUACUUUGCCGAUUCCUCUACAAAAUCAACACUACAGUUUCUUAUGAAGAAUGGUCCUGUUUUUUGGAAAGAUAUGUGACCCAUUUCAUGUUAAAUUCUGAAUAGAU